GUCGAAGGAGCUACUUCUACACACCACAGGUCUUGCACCCAGAGGUGGUUCGAGUGGAAUCUACAGAGAGGGGCCGGUUUUCCUGUCCAUCGAGCUAUGAAAUGUAUGGAUUCAAAAGGAAAAACCUCUUGUACUUCUUGUUUUGCUGCUCUGUUGUCCCACAAUGUGGCUGUACAGAACUCCAUUCUCAGACGGUGACAAUGACAUCCGAGCUUGGUGUUCAACUCCAGAGAUCGGUCUGCCCCCUGGUACAAGUGGGAGACGACCGUUUUCCAGGGUUUUACAUCAUGUUUCAGUUCCAGAUUGCUGAACUGGCGAGGAGAGGAACUGUGAUGAGUGUUGUGGGCUCUGCCCCGGGUCUUGUCGCUUAUCAAAUAGGGCCAGCUUUCAACUUCAGGAUCAACACAAGAUCAGCAUAUCCCUUAGGACUGCCAGAAGAGUUCGCGUUCGUAGCCGUUCUGCGCAUGAGCGGCAGCACUGUGUCCAAGAGAUGGAAUAUCUGGCAAAUGCAAGAUGUGAAUGGAGGCGAACAAAUGGCGAUCGGACUUAACGGAGAAUCCCAGUCCCUUGAAUUCUCUUUCAUUACACUUGACCAUGAAAGAAGGACUGUCGUUUUCAGUUCUCUGUCAUUUUUGUUCAAUUCUCAAUGGCACAAGGUUCUCCUGAGAGUUAACAAACAGUCUGUAAGUCUGUUCCUGGAUUGUGUUUUAAUUGAUAUUCAAGAAAUACCAGUUCGAGAGAAGGUCAGCUUGGAUGGCUUCACGUUGAUAGGAAAACUAAAGGAAAAUCCAGUGCUGGCUGUCCCGUUUGAACUGCAAUCGAUGCUGAUUCACUGCGACUGGACCAGACCCAGCCUAGAAACCUGCAAGGACCUGGCAGGCACAACCUCGAUUGAGGAGACGGUGGUGCAGAGGGAAAAGGGAGCCGUUGGCCCCCCCGGGCCUGCUGGUGUACCAGGAAUUGAUGGCGUGGACGGGGCGAGAGGUCCAGACGGCGACGACGGACCCUCUGGAGCAGAUGGCGAUGCAGGUAAACCUGGCUCAGCGGGGCUACCGGGUGAACCUGGGGACGACGGUCUGACCGGGCCCAUCGGAGAUGCCGGCCUGGACGGUCUCACCGGACCCAAAGGGGAACCUGGCCGGGCAGGACCGCGUGGCUCUGCUGGUGUGGGACCAGACGGAGUUCCAGGGCCUCCGGGGCCUGGAGGACUUCUGGGUGAACUUGGGAGAGCGGGUCCACACGGAGACAUCGGUGUGAGGGGUCCUGGGGGACCUCGCGGAGCCGUCGGACCCCGGGGUGCCUCUGGCGCACUUGGAAGCACUGAGAUGUGCCCCAACGCCUGUCCGUCCGGUACCUCGGGACAUCCCGGGCUCCCUGGAAUGAAGGGCCACAAAGGAGUGAAGGGAGAUGGAGGAGAGCCUGGUAAACAAGGGCACAAGGGCGAGGAGGGAGAACAGGGAAGCCUGGGCGAGGUCGGGACCCAAGGCCCAACAGGCCCGCAGGGACACAGAGGAGCCACGGGUAUGAUGGGCCCCAAGGGAGACAGGGGCUUCCGGGGACACGAUGGAGAACCCGGUCCCCUGGGUGUUGCGGGUGCUAUGGGGGAUGGAGGCCAGAGGGGACCUUUGGGGGAGGUCGGGCCUAAAGGAGAGACGGGUGUACUAGGGCCGAGAGGAAUCACAGGUCUUCCAGGCCCGAAGGGAGAGGGUGGCCUACCGGGCGUGGAUGGGCGGGAGGGAAUUCCUGGAAUGCCGGGAGGAAAAGGAGGUGUUGGAAAGGCUGGAGUACCUGGGGAGGUUGGACUUCAGGGACUUCCUGGUUUACCUGGUGUACCCGGACCAAAGGGAUUAGGUGGACCAAAGGGAGACUCUGGCAAACAGGGCUUCCUAGGAACAAUGGGUUCCACGGGCAAAGCAGGAGAGCAAGGAGUGUCAGGAGAAGUGGGACCAGUUGGGCCAAUCGGAUCAUCCGGAGAAAUCGGGGAGCAUGGCCCCCUUGGACCGGCAGGAAAGCCAGGUGGAAGGGGACCUAAAGGCGACCUUGGGCUGUCCGGAAUACCUGGACCUCCAGGCCUGCCCGGAGUCAAGGGAGAGCGGGGAGAUUCUGGUGAGGCAGGACCGAAGGGCGAACAGGGUACACAAGGAGCAGAGGGAAACCCAGGAGACAAAGGCGAUGGCGGUGACGCCGGUGACUUGGGAGCCAAGGGAGACGUCGGUCGCCCCGGGGAGCCAGGCAACCGAGGGCCCGAGGGGAGCCGGGGCCAGCCUGGCGUCGAGGGCCCCGAGGGGAGCCCCGGGCCCCGGGGUGUGCAGGGGAACAGGGGCCUGCCCGGCGUCCGCGGCACACAGGGUCCAGCGGGGAAACAGCCCAGCGACACGCAUAUCCGGCAGGUUUGCAUGCGAGUCAUGCAAGAACAGCUGGCCCAGUUAGCUGCUAGCCUGAGGAGGCCGGAGUCUGGCAUGGCCGGCCUUCCGGGUAGACCAGGACCCCCCGGUGUUCAGGGGGCGCAGGGGGACAACGGCUUCCCUGGCCAGGCGGGCUCCAGAGGCCUGCCGGGCCUCAAAGGACCCCUCGGGAUGCUCGGAGCCAAGGGGCCCAAAGGGGAAUCGGGCGACCGAGGAAGCAGGGGCCCCACUCUGCGAGGGGCCAAAGGUCAACCGGGACCUCCAGGUCUACCCGGCGAGCCCGGGAAGCCCGGGUACGGGACGGACGGACGGGACGGGGAGAGGGGCCCCCCCGGGUCACACGGACAGCAGGGCGUUCCCGGGCCCCCUGGUUCCGCCGGCCACAACGGCUACUGCGACCCCUCCUCCUGCAACCUCCAGGCCGGACUCCAGGCGCUGGACUCAAACAUCAAGGGCCCCGGGGACAACUGAGAGAACACUCUGGGAGGAAACGCACACUCGGUCACAGAAGAGGAACGCAUCGACAAACCAAGACGACGACGACGACAACAACAACAAUAGCAACAACAGAGAGACUGAUCUCCGGAGCACACAGCACUCUCCCAGGGGAGUUCCUCCUCACCCCCAUUAACCAGUAGCUUCGUCACCAUGUCUUCUUUGUUUUGUUUUUGUGCUAGCCUUACCCCCGCCGAAAGGAUUGUCCCCUGCAGAGGGCCAAAGGUCAACAGUACCGCUCAGCUUGGCUACAGAAUACAACGGGUGCUUUUAAAAUGGGUUUCAUACAUGGGUGCUCCCGUUCUGGCCAGACACAUGUAACAUGUAAUGUGUUUGUGCGGUUUGGUUUUACUCCCAGUUCUGCGUCGUGUUCCAUUUGUCCUGUUCUAUUUAUGUGUUUUUUAAAAAUUGUUAUUCAUUUUUUUCCCACAAACAAGCUAUGCAAUACACAGUAAAUCAGAAAUAGAACUUUGUUCAUCACACGUGUGCCUUAUCCAAUAUUUUGUAUCAUGGACCAAAGAUAAAACCUGCUGAAGUCUUAAACAUGUUAAACAGUAGGUGAUGGAAAAAACGAUUUAAUUUGAACCCUGCAGGCUUCCAAAUAAAACUGGUGUAAUGGUGGUUUUCAUCAUGCCCCAGUGACUAACUAAUAAUUGUGAGCUGGAAAUCUUUUCAGUCGUGCUGGUUUAUUUUCUCUCACCUGCAUUUCAACGUAGUGAUAUAUUUCGUCUGAUUGUACAGAAGGGGAUGCAGCAGUGUUGAUGCAUUUAUGGUGACUUGCUUCAGUUUUAAGUAUUGUUUCAAUCCAGGACCUCCUUUGCAACAUUUUAAAGAUUAAUUUAUCAAUCUAUUAUCGAGAUGGAGGGAUACCUUGUAAAAAAAGACGAAAUGCAAAGCAAUAUUAAAGUGAGUUGUAAAUUGUGUUUUAUACUCAUGAAAUAAAGCCAAAAUGACAAGGCUUAUUGAAGUCAA